UCAGUGUUCCCCGCGCAAUUUUCGAAUUCAACAUGGCGGCCAUGUCAAGCAUAUCCAUUGCUGAGAUCAAAAGAGACCUUCUUUACGCCUCUAAAGAGUGCUCUGAUAGGGGACUUGUACACUCGGCGAAAUGGUCAGCGGAGCUUUCAUUCUCCUUACCCUCCUUCCAAAUGAGUAACCACCUGCCACAAACAGAUUACAGCGAUCCCCAGUUCGUCCAAGAAUAUGAUGCGUACUGCUGGGCGAAGACACUCCUGGACUGUAAGGAGUAUGAUAGGGCGGCCUUUUUCCUGGAAAGUUGUAAAAGUCACAAAGCAUAUUUUUUAUAUGCAUAUGCUAAGUACCUUUCUGGGGCCAAGCACCAACAAGAAGAGAUUGUGGAUGUCAUAGGUCCCCAAGAAACUGUCAGAAACAAAGCUCUGGUUCCAUUGCGAAUAGAGUUGUCUAAAAGGCAUAAGGAACUUGAUGGUUUUGGUUUGUAUUUAUAUGGUUUGGUCCUAAAGAAGCUAGAUCUAAAGAAGGAUGCCCUUGCUGUGUUAGAAGAGGCAGUGAAUGCAGAGCCCUUGCACUGGGGUGGAUGGCUUGAAUUGGCCUCCCUUUGCACCAGCAAGGACAUGUUGCAAAAUCUGAAGCUGCCGGGUCACUGGAUGCAGGAGUUUUUUGUUGCCCAUGUUGCCCUGGAGGUACAAACAAGUGAUGAUAGUAUACAGCAGUACGCUAACCUGAGUGCUGCAGGCUUUGGGGAAAGCUAUUAUAUUCUGCUUCAGACUGCCCUGGCCAACUACCAAGCCAGAGAUUUUGAUGCAGCUGUUGGGGUAUUUGCAAAGUUACAGAAGAAAGAUCCCUACUCACUAGAGCAGAUUGACACAUACUCUAACAUCCUAUAUGUCAAGGAAAUGAAGCCAGAGCUAAACCAUCUUGCUCACCAUGCAUGUCAAGUUGACAAGUACUGUGAGGAAACAUGCUGUGUUAUUGGAAACUACUACAGUUUGCAAGGUCUCCAUGAGAAAGCCAUAGUCUAUUUCCAGCGAGCACUUAAGCUGAACCGGCAGUACACCUCUGCCUGGACACUGAUGGGUCACGAGUUCAUGGAGCUCAAGAAUCCAACUGCAGCUAUUGAAUCAUACAGAAAGGCUGUUGACAUUAACUGUAGAGAUUACAGGGCAUGGUAUGGACUUGGCCAGACAUACGAGAUCCUUAAAAUGCCAUUCUACUGUCUGUACUACUACCAGCAAGCACAAAAACUAAGGCCAAAUGAUUCUAGAAUGCUUGUUGCUUUGGGAGAUUGUUACGAGAAGCUUGAGAAAUUACAAGAGGCCAAAAAGAGUUUCUUCAGGGCCAUAUCUGUGGGUGAUUUAGAAGGCAUAGCUGUCAUAAAGUUGGCAAGACUCCAUGACCAACUCCAUGAAGAAGACGAUGCUGCCAAAUAUUAUUUACGCUACAUCGAACAGACAGAGAUGAUUGGGGUUGUUUCCACAGAAGAGCUCUGUAUAGCAUAUACAUUUGUAGCAAGAUAUUACCUCAAGAAAAAGAAGCUCAUGGAGGCAGAAGUUUACGCACACAAAUGCUGUGAAUAUAACGAGAGCCGAGAGGAGGGUAAAAGCCUGUUAAAAGAAAUUGCUCUUUCAAGAAGUCGAGGGGAAUGUGUGAGUGUUGAUGAAAUGUACAGCCAUGAACUCUCCAUUGGACACUUAGCUGAGGAGGCCAUGCAACCCGCAGCGAUGACCCCAGGAGAUGUUUCACCUAUCAACCUGAACUUUAGUAUCCCACAAGAGGGACCCUGAUUUCUACAGGAACUGUACAGUCAAACUCUUUUUGCACUCAUAAUUUGGAAAAACUCCAAAAUCGAGGAACAUGAAGUGGAGUAUAAAUAUAUAUUUUGGUACUUUGAGAGAAAAAAAUAGUUUAGAAUUUUGACCAUUUAUAGUAAAUCUUGCCUGUAUUUAUAAUGUUAAAUGUUUGCUUAGAUCAUAUUGGGCCCAGAGAGAAAUUUAGAAAAAAAUAUUGUUCUUUUUUCAAAUUUGUUGAAUUUGCAUACAGAGAACCUUGAUUUAACGAAGUGCCAAAGGACUGGUCAAGAAGUUAUUUCGGACUAAUUUGUAAUAAUUUAUUUUCAGUGGUGUUACAUUGUAAAAAAACAGGAUUUAUGGAUCUGAUACAGUACCAUAAAACAAACAUCAUUCUUUAAAAUUCCAACACAAAGCUAUCGUCUCAGUAUAGAUCUGUACGAAACUAGAGAACCUGAACAUACAAACAAAACUAGUUUAAACUACAAGAUGCUAAAUAGAUAACAUCCAAUUCAGUUCUUUUUAUUAUUUAUGUCAUCAUUUAAGAAGUGAAACUGGCAACAAACAGCUAUUUAUUCUUUUCCCACAAAAAGCCUUCAAAGAUAAAGAAAUUAAUAUAAUGUAUACAAGGCAGACAAGAUUAUGUCGAUCUGUAACUAGCGGCUAUUGUCAUUUCAUAGGAUUGAAGAAAGUUCAUCCUUGUUGGUCUGUUUGCUAAUUAUCUUUCAUCAAAUAUUGACAUUUUUGGCCAGGCUGAAGGAAAUAGUUCAUUAUACCAUAUACGGAGGAGUUCGUUUUAUCGAGGUUCCAAUGUAAUUAAAUAAAUGUUGUAGUCACUGCCAGUAAAUAUGAUGAUGUCUUUUGUCAAAGAAAUAAAAAUAAUAAAUCUAGGCGAAACAUCCCCCUCUACAAGGCUUCUGUGGUAGCCAAACCUAGUUUGUAUAUGAGUUCCAACACUUUUCUAGCGUUGAAUUAUCUUAGUCAUAAAAAAAGAAAACUCAAAAAUAAAAUUUAAUCGUUUCUAAA